CCGAGCCAGCCAGCCAGCCAGCGGGUGGCCGGUCCGACCCAAACGGCCAGCAGAAGGGUCUGGCGCUCGCCCGUCCUGCAACUGGCCCGGGGGUGCCGGCCGGGCCUGAGGACCGCGCGCCUCUCCUCCUCUACCUGGCCGGGUUGCCUGAUGCCCUGGGCGCCGCCACCCCGAUGCCCGGGGCUCGGGCGCUCUCCGAGGCGAACGCCACCCUCUUCCCCUUCUUCUCGGAGUUCAAGGGCGCCAACCGCGUGGCGCUGAGCGCCGUGGAGACCUCCGUGCUGGCGCUGAUCUUCCUGCUGGCGCUGGCGGCCAACGCGUGCGGCAUCGUGCUCUUGGCGCGCCGCAAGAGCCGCCUGCGCGCCGCCGGCUGCCUGGUGCUCAACCUCUUCUGCGCCGACGUGCUCUUCAUCAGCGCCAUCCCCGUCAUCCUCGUGGUGCGCUGGACCGAGAGCUGGACGCUGGGUGAGGCCGCCUGCCACCUGCUCUUCUACGGCAUGAGCCUCAGCGGCAGCGUCACCAUCCUCUCGCUGGCCGCCGUCAGCCUGGAGCGCGUGGUCAGCAUCGUGCGGCUGCGGCCCCUGCGCCCCUGCCGAGGCCGCGUGUUGGCCGCUGUGCUGCUGCUCAUCUGGGCCUUCUCGGCUCUGGCCACCCUCCCGCUCUGCCUCUUCUUCACCGUCAUGCCCCUGCGCCAGGACGGCCAGGAAGUGUUCAUUUGCACCUUGAUGUGGCCCAGCGUCGCAGGAGAAAUUUCUUGGGACGUCUCUUUUGCCACUGUGGUCUUCCUGAUACCAGGACUGAUAAUUGUAAUCAGUUAUUCAAAGAUUUUACAGAUUACGAAACAAUCGAGAAGACGUCUACAUGCCAGUAUGGCUUAUUCAAAGAGAAACCACAUCCAGGUUUCCCGGCAAGACUUCAAACUGUUGCGGACUCUCUUUCUGCUGAUGAUCUCUUUCUUCGUCAUGUGGAGCCCAAUAAUCAUCACCAUUCUCCUCAUUUUGGUACAGAAAUUUCAUCCCAAUGUGGCCAUACUGCCAUCUGUUUUCUUCUGGAUCAUGGCCUUCACGUUUGCCAAUGCAGUGGUUAAUCCCGUUUUAUAUAAUGUAGUCCACUUCAGACAUGAGUGGAGGCGAGUCUUUUUCUGUUGCCCAGGUUCCCCUGGAGGAAAAGAGACUGCGACAGAAACUACUCCCAGGCACAAUAACCAUGGACCUCCUACCUUGUCAGUUAUUUCCAGAUAGCUGUGUGUUGUUUCUAGUGAGGGUGAUCUCACUGGCCUUUUAGUUUGUCUGUGCUGAAGCAAGCAGUCAGGAAAAGCAAGCUGUUCAGAAGAUCAGUUUCUGCAGUCCUUGUACAGAAUGUCGUGGUUCCAGGAGGUCUGUUAACAUGCUGCAGAAAAUGAUCUUGUGUCUCUGUUGCACUCUUCCCAUAGCAAGGUGCAAGAAGUGCUGCAGCCAAUGAAGAUCAGCAGAACUCAGAAACAGUUUCCUAGAGAACAGAAUGGAGCCUGACAUUUUACGCUAACUAAAGUCGUGUGUUUUAUACAGACUUCAGCUCCAUGGAGGAACCCUCUUGCCUGGAAGCCAAAGAGCUGCUUGUUAAAAUAACAUUUUUAACAAAAAAUGCAGGUGGAAGCAACACCGCCUAAUUUUCGCCUGCAGUAUUCAUAAAAAAGAAACAAACAAGGAAAUGUCAGAUACUGAAAGACUUAUUGAUUGUUUGAGCAGUGCGGUAUCAUUUUUCAGUCAUGAGUGUACACAGCCAUUUUCUGCUCAGAUGGGGUUCACGCCUAAUGUAGGGAAAGAAGUCACAAAGGCAGAAACCGGUCUCCAUGCCCAGUCUCCCCUGUUGCCAAUAUUAAAAGGUGCUGGAGGUGUACCAGGUCACAUCAGUAGAUGACUACCUCUGGAAGCACCAAUCACCUGUUAGGAAUAAGGGGCAACUGGGUAUGUGACUUUGUCGAGGCAUCCUCCCUCCCAGCUUCCUAACGAGUUGCACAGUCAACAUUAGUUAGGAAGUGAGUGGGGGGAGCGCUUCAGAACAGCAGGGGGUGUACAGGCUAUUGGGUCAGGGCUACAAUCCUGUACAUUUGUUUGGGGGGAAAUCCCUAUUAAACUCAGUCCCAUUUACUUCUGAAUAAACAUGCAGAGGAUCAAGUUACAACAAUGG